AUGAAGAUUUUUAUUGUUAGGGCGUCUGUAGAGAAUCUUCCCCGGCGCGAUGAGGACGAAACGACAGAUAACACAGAGGACACCACCGGGCCUGUAGUGUUCGCUGAAAACAGUAACAGCAAUGUUUCAGCUGAUCAGAACACAACUCAGAGUCCCGCUGGAUUAUCUACACACCAGUCAGACACCAGCAGCAGCCAUGAGAGCCCAGACAGUACAUGUGCUACAUGUGAGACUGAGGAGACUGAUAUGGACAGAGGUGAGGCUGAGCAGGGGGGGCUGGGACUCUUCAUCCCUGAGCCCAUGCUGUGCUGUGAAGCUGAGAAAGAUAAGGUUCCUCACUCUCUAGAAACACUGUACCAGACUGUGCAGUGCAGCAGCACCUCGGACUGCCUGCUGUUAGCAGCCCACAUGUUACUGCUGGAGACCGGCUUCUUGCCACAGGGUAGUGACAUCAGAGCCAGAGAAAUGCCCAGCAGCUGGCUUGCAUUAGAGUAUCUCUGCAGGCUGCAGUACUUUCACCCGUUCUGUGAGUACAGCCCAGUUCAGAUGGUUGGUGUGCUGAAGGGCCAAACACUUAUUAUAAAAGCCACUAUGACGGCAACCGGUGCAGAGUUUUCACAGAUACUGGCACUGAAUCCUGAUGAUUAUGUGACUAAGGAGUGGGCAGGUGGAAAUGCUGGACUGGUCUACAGAGAUAUGCAGAAACUAUCUCGUGUUUUUAAGGACCAUUUGGUUUACCCACUAAUUGCAAGAGCUAGAGAAGCACUGGGUCUGCCUGCACUGUUUGGUCUGACUGUGCUGCCCCCUGAGCUGCUUUUAAGGAUAAUGCAGCUGCUGGAUGUUCCCUCGAUCCUAACUCUGUCUGAAGUAUGCAGACGCCUGCACUCUGUUUCUCAAGAUGACUUACUCUGGAAAUACUUUGUGUACCGUGACUUCGGAGGUACCAGCACAUCACACAGGCCAUCUAUAGAGUUAAACUGA